CGGGCUUGUUUUGAGGCGGGCGAGAGCGGCGGCCAAUGGGAGAGCGGCCGUUGGGCGGGCGGGAAGGCGGCGGCGGUUUGAAGGCGGCAGCGGCCCGGCGGAGGAGCCCGGCUGUGGCCCGCAGCCGCUGCCCCGCGGCCAUGGCCACCGUAAAGGCAGAGGACGAAAUAACGCUCGUUGAGAGGGAAAUGAAAGAGUUCUGGGCCGAGCUGAAGGGCGUUUACGGCACGGAGCAGCUGCAGCAGACCCUAGCGCUGAGGGACUCGUGCAAGGAGUCCCUGAAGGUGCUCUCGGAGAAAUGGGCCAAGAAGCUGAAAGAAGGGGACCUGAUGAUUGAUAAAAUUCAGGAGUAUAGAAACGAGAUUCUUCAGCAGAAUAAACACAUAUCAGAAAAUCAAGAACGAUUGACAGAAAUAAAAUCUAACCUAAACCAUGAAGAAGAGCAAAAGAAGGAAUUGACUGACAAUAUCCAAGAACUUAAAGAAGAGUUGAUGAAGAAAAAGGAAGUGGUAUCAUCUAAAAACAAGGCCGCUAAGGAGAGAGUGGAACGACUUUGCAAGUCUAAAGAGUUGUUUGAAGAGCGGCUUGGAUUGGAAAUACGUAGAAUUCAUGAUGAACAGUUACAGUUUAUAUUCAGACAUAUUGACCACAAAGAUCCUGACAAGCCAUAUGUGUUUACGCUUUCCAUAAAUGACCAAGGAGAUUAUGAAGUGACUUCCUGUACUCCUCCUCUGGAUUGUAUAGCAGAGUUCCAGCAGAAAGUGAGAGAAACUAACAACUUUUCUGCAUUUAUUGCCAAUAUCAGAAAGGCUUUCACUGCUUUAUCUUAUAAACAGUCUGCCUAAACUUAGCUUAUAAAUCUGUUCCUAGCUAUAGAGCAUUUCUUAUUUUUCCUUUGUGUGUUGUGCAAGUAUCUAUUUAUUCAUGUCUUACUCUAAUCUUUAAAUAAAGAAAAAUAAUGAAAACCA